UUCAUUCAUUCAUCCAUCUACGUAUAUACGGAGUACUCCAAUAUUCAAUUUCGACUUUCAGUGUACUGUAAUUAAUAUGGCGGGCGCUGAUUGUUUGCCGGAAGAAAUUGCGAUGGAAGUUUUCCAUCGUUUGGCUCUACUGGACGACAUGGUCGUCUUCGGCGCCGUCUGCAAGUCAUGGCGAUCGGUAGCAGUCGCCGCUCUCCCCCGCAAAAUCCGCACUCCUUUCCUCAUCAUGCUCCCCGAAGAAGAAGACACGGCGGCGGCGUACUUCGGUUCCGCAGCUUGGCGGACGACAGGAUUUACGGCAUGCGGGUGGCGCCUCAAAGGUAAAUUUUAUGCUAUCACCGAGUGGGGCCAAAUUGUUAAUUGCAGCAUUGACGGCGAGGGUAACCAAAUUAUCACCAAAUUAGGGGCACGCUGGGUGCCGUGCUCACAGAAAUACCUUGUUGAAUCAUGUGGAGAGCUGUUAGUGGUGUUUCGCCUUUAUGAUCGCAAAGAAACAAAACAUCGGGGUGACAUGGUGACAAGGUCCUUUAAGGUUCUCCGGAUGGAAGAAGAAGAUGACGUUGCAGGAGCAGCAAAGUAUAAUGAUGAUGUGCAAGGCAAGUUCAAGUUUGUGAGAGUGGAGGAUUUGGGCGACAAGGCGCUGUUUGUUGGGGACAGCGCUUCUUUCUCCAUAACAGCGUCCACUGCGAAUGGGUGCAGACCCGGCUACAAGGGCUGGGUGAAUGUCAAGUUGCUUAGUGGCUUACUGGAUGUCAUCUUUUACAAGGAUGAGUUUUACGCUAUCGAUCGGUCCGGCCAAAUCAGUGCCUGCACCAUUGAUGACCAGGGCAACGGAAUCAUCACCGAACUCGGGCUGGUUCCGGGGUGGUGCGUGUCACCAACAUACCUUCUCGAGUCACGAGGAGAGUUGGUAGUGGUGUGUCGCCGCCCUCAGGGGACGCAUCACUUUGAGGUUGUGAGGAUGGAGGAAGAAUGCGUUGGUGCUGGACGCCGACGCAAGUUCAAGUUUGUGAUGGUGGAGAGUUUGGGCGACAAGGCGCUGUUUGUUGGGGAAAACAGUUCUCUCUCCAUAACGGCGUCCGCUGCCAACAGGUGCAGACCCAACUGCAUCUAUUUCACAUACAACGAACCAUGUUUUGGCCUCAAAUCAAUAGGUUCGAACAUGGGCGUAUACAACCUUGGCGACGGCAAGGUUGAAGGGAUUGACUCCCUUCAUUCUCUUUCAUCUUCUUCUCCUGCCCAUUGCAUUUGGUGCAUCGAAAACCUUAUUGUAUAUGGCUUGAAUAAGAUAAAAAGAAGGGCUGCAAUUUAAGCAUGUAUUUUCACUUCUGGAUAUCAUCAUUUUCAAGUUUGACAAAAGAGAAAGGGGCAUGUUCUAGUACAUAUAGAUCCAUUUG